UCUUCAAGUCAACCGAGAACCGCUUGUGAGACUGUUGGUCUCGAGUGGACUUAAACCACGGAGCAGGACGAGUCUGGCACCAUGAGUUAAGUUUUAGAUAUCUUUAUAGUCCAUAUUGCCACAUGUUACUCACGUCUUAGCUGCGUAGCUGAGGUCACUCGCGACGGUCUUCCUGGUGUCUUAAAACUGUGUAAGAGACUGGUCUGGGGAGGGACAAUGUCUGGAGUUGGUAGCCCAAACACCUGGACUAUCGUCAGUCCUGAGGAGACUGAAACUCUUAGGCCCCUGGCGGAAGAGACGGAACAGCAUGAGCAUGAGAAACAUUCCACUGAUGUUCAAGAUUUUAAGACUCAUCCUGCAGAUGCCUCCCCAGUGUUGGAACCUGAGCAUCAGGAAGCAGUCAAAGAUGAGUUUACGUCUGCGAACGAAGCAGUUUCAGAAGUCACCAUCAGCUCCUCAGGAAGCCACGAUACCCACUGCCAGUCAGAAGGUGCAGUCGGAGAUUCCAGCCUCAACACAGAUUCCUUCUCUGACUCCUGGAGCCACAUGACCCUGACUCCUGACGAGGCCUCAGGCUCCUUCGUGACCCCGGAGACUUUAGUAGGGAGUGAGUCCACACAAGAGGAUGACAACACGCCACACCCAGAGAACGAAGAGGAGGUUCCAUCGGGAGAAGAGGGUACUCACCUGUCAAGCCUCACUGAACCUGCAGCCUGUGCUGAAGAGUCACAUGCAACGGCAGAACCUGAAUUAAGGAGGAGAAGGUCCCUCCUGGCAACUUUGGAGAGGAUUGGGAGAACGGAGGAGGAAGAGGAAGUCGAGGAAGAUUUCCAGCUGCCACGCAGAGAAGAAGAAGAGAGCUGGUUCACCCUGAACAAGUGCCUCCUUGGCGCUGUCCUUCUGGUGGGCCUUGGCACCAUCUUCUUCUCAGGGGUCUUCAUGGACUUAGAUGAGGAGAGUGACUACGUGAGCGGUGAGCUGAAGGAUGCUGAAGUCAGAGGAAAGCAGCAGGAAUGGACUGAUCCAGUUGCUCCUCCGCCAAAUUUAGAUGCUUCGGAGCUUCAAGACAAAAUAGCUGGAGAGGACGAGCGGAUUUCUUUGUUACAAGCAGAACACACGGCACAGAACCAAGAGCUGAAGGUUUCUCCAGCACUGGCUGCAGAGAGAGCGGCAGAGCAGCUGCACAGGGAGGAGGACAGCAGUGGAUUGAGGAAAACCAUGGAGACCCUGACUUUGCUUCAGAAGGAGAAUGAGAGGAUGAGGAGAGAGCUGGAGUCUGUGCCAGGCCUACAGGAGGAGGUUAACACUCUGAAAUCUGCUGUGACUGAAUUAAAACGUCCGACAGCGUCGCAGCCGGCCUCAACUUUGACCACAUCGCCAUCUGGUGGCCAUACAGAAAACGGUGUGUCAGAGGAGUUCCCAGCCGAGAAAGUGAAAGCUAGGAAGAAAGAAAAGCAUGACAAGGGGGACAAGAAGCAGUGGAAAGAGCGUGAAAGGACCGAUCGUGAAGAAGAAAGGGACUGGAAAAAUGAGAAGGUUAACAAAGGGAAGGAAAAUAAACACAAGAGUCAUAAAGAGUGGAAGCAGAAGGAGAGAAGAGGGGAUGAUGGGAAGCCAUGGAAGGAUAGAGAGAAUGAGGAGUGGGGCGAAAAGAAGGAGAGAAAAGACAAACAGUGGAGACAGCAUGAGAAACCUGAUGGUGGCUCAUAUUCUAAGAGGAAAGAUAAUGGUGAGAACAGCAGAGAAAGAAAUGAUUACAGAGUGAAGAAAGACUGGCACAAUGAAGAGAAAAUGGAUCAUGGUGAAGAAUGGAAAGACAAAAGAGAGCGGAAAGACUGGAGGAGAGGUGAGGAGAGGCAUCUAAAGAAUGAUCAUGAUAGAAAGCAGUGGAAAGAAGGGAGGGAAGAGGGUGGCGAACGAUAUGGAAAAGGGAAGGAUGAGAGGAAACUGUGGCAGGAUGGAGAGAGGUAUGGUAAAAAGAAGGAUGAGAGAAAACAUUGGGAUGAAGGGGAGAGGUUUGGCGAAAGGAGGGAUGAGGGGGAGAGGUAUGGUAAAGGGAAGGAUGAGAGGAAACAGUGGGAUGAGGGGGAGAGAUAUGGUAAAGGAAGGGAUGAGAGGAAACAGUGGGUUGAAGGGGAGAGGUUUGGUAAAGGAAGGGAUGAGAAGAAAAAGAGGGAUACAAAGGAACAUGAUAGAGAAGAGAGGAAACAAUGGAAGGAGGAUGGAUGGAGGAGCAGGAAGGGUGAAAGGGAAAAAGACACGGGGAAGAAGAAUGAAAGAAAAGAGUGGGAGGGUGUUAAAGAGGCACGGAGAGGAAAUGAGGGGAAACGCUGGCGUGACAAAGGAAUGAAACGUGAUGAAGAUCAUGACCCAGCAAUGGAGGAAAGGAAUGAGAAGUGGCAGAGGAAAGAAGAGUCAUGGAGCAAGGAGAGAAAGAAACACGAUGGUGAGUGGAGACGGGACGGACCAUCCCAGAAACAUGCUAAGGAGGAGCAUCUGUGGGCUGACAGGAAGCCCGUCCACUCCCACCGCCGACUCACCCUGGACCAGCCGGAGUACUGGAGCCACCAGCGCGGCCGCCUCCAGGGGAACCCCAAACCCAGAGACCUCUGCAGCUCUCUGGAGGCCUGCGCUCAAGCUGAGGGCCUGCUGCCCGUCCCUUUGUCUGAAUUCCAGACCGUCCUGCAAACGUACCUCAGCAAGGCGGAGCAGUUCGGAGUGGAGUCCGCCAAAAGAGAUGAGCUCUUCAAACUGGCCGCCGAGUUCUUCAAGGACGGCCUCUUCGUGCAUGACCAGAUGAGAUUCCAGGAUUUCGCUGACGACGUGAGCGAUAUUUUAGAAGACCUGGUGGAGGGAGAUGAGGAGGACGACAGUGCCCUGGAGGACGAGAUGGAGGACUUCGGGAAGGAAGUGGUGAGGAGGUUUCUAGUGCCCGAGCAGAGAGUGAAAGGAGAGAGGAAGAAGGAGAGCAGCUGGCCGCGAGGCUGAAGACCAAGAGGAGCGCUAACAUAAGGGAACAGCAGUGGACCACAAGCUUCCAUCCUGGGAGGCGCUUGCAUCUGAAGUAAAUCAUUUUCACCUUCACUCCUUUAUAUGUCACGUCUGAGGACUGAGUUGGAUCAUGGUUAAAUUUGGCCACUCGGAAAAUAAAUUACAAUGAUAAGUGUCUCAAUUUUAUGAUUUAUAGCACUGCAGCCAAAACUGCUCGGCGUGUCAGAUGCAUCACCACAAAACUCUCCUUCGUGGAGUCAUUCUUUCCUCAUUGGAAAUAAUUGAUGGCUCUGAAUAUGAAACAGUUUGUAAAUAUGCAAUGUGAUCUUUUUUCCCUUUUAACAGUGUUUUUAAUUCUUUCAAAUUCACCCCUUUUCAUGAUUUCCCUGGUACUGCUCAUGUGUCACUAUAUUUCAGGUCCUUCAUUUCAUUUAGCUGUUUUCUGUUCAGCUUUGUUCAUUGUCUUUUGUACCCCAGACUCAAACAUCAUUGUAUUACUGUUUUUAUUUACGUUUAUUUAUUAAUAACAGUUGUUUUGUUUUUGUCUAUUUAGGAAAUCAAAUGUGCAUUACAUGUACAUUAUUAUCAUUGUUUAUUUAAAAAGAAAAAAGCCUCUAGUCAGCACCACAGCCUUUUGUCCCAUUUGACAGGUAACACAAAAACUAAAAUAAAUAAACCCAUAUAAAAACAGAAUAAAAUUGAGCCAUUGUGGCCCCUGGCUAAUAUAAUAACUCGCCCUUGCAUUAAUUGCACGAAUAAAUCCAACCAUUUUUUUUAGCCAAGUUUUUCAGCUAAAUAGAAAACAUUUGUACGACAGCUGACAAAAUAGCUUGUUUUAAGUACUAAUGUUUACUGAGUUAGAGUAGUUUAAACUAGAGUUAUCACGCAUUCCACGCUGAAACAGGGUUCCAGCCCUGUUUAUUGUGAGACGUUCACCUCCUCACAGUCUUCAAAUCAGAGACCUCCUUCCUUUGAGCCUGCUGCCAUAGUUGCACCCGCCUUCCCUGCCACCAGGCAGCCACAAGCUUGAGGACGAAUGUAGCACUGCUAGGUUUAGCACGGCUGCUGUGAUAAGAAGCUGCUUUCAUUGUUUAAGCAGCGAAUGUGCUUCAAAGGGAUAAAGUGGAAAGGGAUCAGUGUUGAUGCUGUCAUUCAUGCACGGAACCAGGUUUUGGGAACUAAACCGUUUGUGAGCUUACAAUGUUUCUGAUGGGAUUAAAAAAUGGUAUUAACUGUGCGAAGCGGGAUAAUAAAUCAGGUAUUCCUUCAUGGUUGUCACUCGUGUUUUAUUA